AUGACCACGGACAACGAGACAUCGCCAUAUCUAAACCGUCUCCAAAGCGACGGUUUCGUCAUAAUCCCAUCUCUCCUAUCAACCCCAGAAAUCAACACCCUUCGUGAAGCAGCAACAAAAGCUACAAGUCUUACAAGGGCCGGUCAAUGGCCUUACUUUCGUACAGUACCAAAACAAUUCCCCCCAUGGCCAAAAGAUGUUCCGCCUGCUUCUGAGGGCGGGAUAUGGGGCGUUCAACAUCUAUUGCAUCCGGAUAUGAGUGGUCGUGGAGAGUUCGCAAAACUUUACUUCUCAGACAAGGUCCUGUGUAUAGUUGAGGAAUUACUAGGGGUAAAGUCUGCAGAAAAGCGACAACAGGAAGAAGAACCCCUAGUAAUGGAACUCUUCAACCUCCUCGUCGCCCCCGAACAAAAAGAAUUCGAACUCCGCUGGCACCGCGACGACAUCCCACCCACAGUCACCCCUGAAGAAGAACUACGACUCCUCAAAUCUAAAAGUCCCCAGGGUCGUCAGUCACACGCACAAUACAAUCUCGCCUUGUGUCCUGAUACGUCUCUGAUAGUCAUCCCGGGCUCACAUCGACGGAUACGAACAGAAACAGAACGAAAUGCUGAUCCGUAUGAAGCGUACUUACCGGGUCAAGUAAUGGUGAAACUUGAGCCGGGUGAUGCGGUGUUUUAUGAUUCGAAUAUUUUGCACAGAGGGGUGUAUAAACCCAAGCCUGAGGGUGGGGAAGAGACUAGGCUAACGUUGCAUGGAAGUGUCGGGUUGAAAGAGAAGACCAGCGCAGUCGAUGGAGAUAUUCAAGUUGCUGAUCGGGCUAAGGUCAGAGCUACUGCUGUAUUGCAGCAUAGUGUCGGGAUGUGGAUUGACAGGGAUGAUGCGGAUUUGUCGUAUAUCAGUGAGCGGGCAGAGAGGAUGAGGGGGAAUUUGAUUGCUAUGGGAAGAGGGGAGGAUGUAGGAUAUUCCCUGGAGGGUUAA